AUGGGCGACUACCGUCCCAUUUACUCUUACGCCGCCUCGGACCGCAACCUCGCAUCCACCCGACGACGUCCCACCGCCGGCUGGCUCUCUUAUCUCGACGCCGAUCGCCUCGUCCACCGCCGCUGCCUCCCGAUCCUGGCUGCAGCGCUGGCGCUCGUCGCCUUUUCCACCGUCCUCUUCCUCUCCAUCGACGAGGUCACGACGCUCAAGCGCACCUGGAAACCAGCCGAAAGGCCCGCCACCGAUCUCAGUCCCGGCAGCGAUACCAUCCCUCCAGCGUCUGCCGCCGAUACCGCCAAGAUGCCACCCUCGCUGAACACUGACUCGCUCGAUGCCUUCCUCACGCAAGCCAAGAGCUUCGCGCUGCAGAGGCUCGGCGGUAGUGGUGCGGCAUCGUCUGCUGCUGCUACUGCUGCUACUGCUGCUGCUGCAGAUUCGGUCCCCUCGGUGCCCAUCACGCUCGUCAUGGGCAACGAGGCGGGCGACCUCGACUCGGCGGCAUCGGCCAUCUCGCUCAGCUUCCUCCUCUCGCGCUUCGGCCCUCCCGAGGGGCAUCAGCUGCCGCAGUCGACCUACCUCCCCCUCAUCCAGAGCAACCACGACGACGCCGUGCUCCGGCCCGAAAACACCGCCGCCUUCCACGCUUCCCGCAUCGACCCGGCCCAUCUCCUCUGCCUCGACGACCUGCAGCACCACCUAGGCCUCUCGCUCGACUCGCCGGCAUUCAGCCCAGAGGCCGGCGUGUCGAUCGCACUGGUGGACCAUCCUUCCCUGACGGGCCCGUGGGGCGGUCCCAAGGCCAGCCAUCGCCGCGUUGAGAUCAUCGUCGACCACCACGAAGACACGGGUGACCAUGCCGACGCCAAGAUGCGCAUCGUCAAGCCGCCGUCCAAGGAGCCGGUGGGCAGCGCCGCCAGCAUGGUCGCCAACCUCUACCGCGAGAACCUCGUGUCCGGCGCGGCUCCCAAGGAGCUGGCAGACCUGCUCAUCAGCGCCAUCGUCAUCGACACCGACAACCUGCGUCCGGCCCCGCGCGGCAAGGCGACCCAGGCCGACUUUGACGCCGUCAAGCUGCUCCUGCCCGUCUCGUCUUUUGCCUACCCGGACCUGUCGCAGCAGGUCCAGUUGACGGCCUUCCAGCACUCGCCACUCAACAUGUCUACGCCGCCCAGCACGGACAUUAUCAUCGACGAGCCGGCCGGGUCCAGCCCUUCUGCGGACGCGGCGUCGUCGGACAGGGCGGUUGUCGACGCCAAGUCCAAGCUGCGGCCGUUUUGGGAGGUGCUGGUCAAGAGCAAGCUCAUGGUGAGCCACCUGAGCGGGCGCGACCUGCUGCGGCGCGACUACAAGGAGCUCGACUUUGUCGAGCCGGCCUCUGCUACGCCCGAGGGUGCCAAGCUGUCGCUGCGGCUCGGCUUCGCCUCUGUGCCCAUCGGGCUGGCCGAGUGGCUGCACAAGGACCGGCCGCAGCCCUCGCUGCAGGACGUGGCGGAUCCCAAGGCCGAGGUCGACGCGGCGUGGGCCGACUGGUGGAAGACGCUGGAUGCGUUCAUGGAGGAGAGAAAGAUUGACCUGGCCGUCAUGACAGGCUCCUUCCGGGACGCGGCGGGCGGGGGCGAGGGCAAGGAGGGGGGCAAGCACAAGAGGGAGCUGGUUCUGGCCUUUGCGCCGCGCAGCCUGGCGGCCUCCGAUGCCGAGGCCGUGUGGGCCUCGCUGCGCGACGGGCUCGAGGCCGACGCACACGUCGCCUCGCCCGACGACGUCGAGCGCAGGCUCAUGCUCGAACAGCCCUGGAAGGGCCAGAGGCUGCCCGAGCGCGCCGGCGGCAAGAGGGAGAGGGUGGCCGGCCUCGACGCCGACGGUCGUCGUCGCGGUGGUUCUCAACCUGCGUCACCGCCGCGGUGGGCCAAGGUGUACAAGCAGGCCAACGCGCGCGCCAACCGCAAGAUUGUGCUGCCCGCCGUUGUCGCUGUGCUGCGCAACGCCGCGUCGGCAGCGAGGCUCUAG